AUAUUACAGCCAAAACCAACAAUUUUUUUCUCCCUUACAUUCUUAGACAAUGAUGAGUACAUACAACUUUAAGGAUGCAAGUUCGAGUCUUAUUGUUUCCUCAAAAAUCCUCUAGUGGCCUCGCACGUGUGAAAUCUGAUGCGGGCGUGCCACUUACUUUGCUGAAAGUAAGAAAGGAGGACUUUCCCAACGACCAUCUCCUUCCUCACGGUCGACCUCUUCGUAGAUGGCGGGAAGAACGUUGGAUUAAAAUGAAAUUUGCGCCUUCAGACGAUUUGCAAGAGGGAGGGAUGCCUUCCUGCAGAAUGGGUUACGAAAUCUGCCUUGGACAACUCCAAGGACUUAAACACUACCGAAUAAAUUUGUCUACUGGAAUAAGGAAAAACAACCUAAUUCUAAUGGAAUCUGUGCUGAAAUACGAAAUCUAUGCUGAAAAACCGAAAUCUGGAAGCAUGUGCAGAGAAAAUCAAAGUAUGAAAAGUUGCAAUUGUUUGAGUAGGGCUGGCCGUCCCUCCUUCUGUGCCGAAGUUUCCUUUUUGUUCCCCAUUCAUGCCGGCAGUUGCUCAACCAUCGGAAGUUUGUUGGAGUAAUGGGACACCUCACCCUUUGACCCAGUCUAAACCCCUUUCAGAAUUUGCCACCUGGACUUUAUCAGAUAAAAUCCCCUUUUUAAAUGUGAUCCUCCCCUAUCUUGCUAACUGCCAUUAUCUCUUUCUGUUUCAAAAGAUAAUUACUCAACAUUAUCUUUAUCUCUCUCAUCUUGCCAACACAUGUGCUGACCUAUCAUGGGGCCCAGGAUCCGAAUCUGACAUGGCUCCAAACUCCUCCAGCCAAUAAAAAUUUUACACGUGG